GUUUAUGUAUCUAUACAUUCAGGUAUUAGUAUUAUGUAUCUAUACAUUCGCAUGGUAAAACAACGGGAAAAACAGGGUGAAUUUGUCUGAUCCAAGCCAAACACUUAACUUUUCAUGCGCCUUGGCUCAUCCAAGAUGCACUGACUUUACUGCCUUAGCAUUGGAUCAGGUUUCACAACACAAGAUUCUGAUUCGAAAAUUAGAGGCUCAAACUUACAUCGAGAUGUCGAACUAUCGCUCUUCAAAGCUCGUAAAAUUUAAAUCCCCAUGGCAUCUUAAUGCACCAACUCAACUUUCCAAAGGAUUUUUUUUUUGCUUUAUUUUGGCUUUUUAAACUCGCUAAAUCGAUCCGAACCGAAAACAGGUGCAUUUAAACACAAAAGAGGUGUGUUUUCAAAUCCAGAAAGUCAUGCUUAAAGUUUUUCCCCUCAAGAUAAACUGAACCGAUUACACGGUUACCUUCGGACAGCUAUAAGGAGUGGUGGACCAGUGUAUUCAGGAAGCAAAAAGACAGAUAUCUACCAUACAAAAAAACUUCAAAAUCAUUCCUAAAAAUUUCAGACUAAGACAUCCCAUAAUGUCUCUUUAUGUCCAUGUGUUGGCCUGUGCCUUUGGCCUGGGUUCGUGGGUGGCCGUUAAUGGAAUGUGGGUGGAGCUGCCACUAAUUGUCAAUGUUCUACCAGAAAGAUGGGAAUUACCAUCAUACCUUACAGUCAUCAUCCAGCUGGCCAAUAUCGGCCCUAUCCUAGUUACCCUUGUGCAUAAGCUGUAUCCUGGUCGAGUACGUGAGAAUCUGGUGGUCUAUGCAAUGCUGACGGUUGGUAUAUUAGCAUGCAUUCUCCUUACAGUGUUCUGGAAGAAGACAACCAUGAUUUUGGGCCAACCUAGAAGCACAGCUUUCUUUAUAAUCAUAUUUUUUCUGUCUUUGGUGGAUUGCACAUCCUCUGUCACCUUCCUGCCUUUCAUGAUGCAGCUCCCGGCCAGAUACAUCACCACCUACUUCAUUGGUGAAGGAUUAAGUGGGUUUUUGCCUGGGUUGGUAGCUCUGGCACAAGGAGUUGGCAUGGCCAAAUGUGUUAAUGUCUCCCAAACAUCAGGGAACCUUUCAAACCUGGACCAUAAUAACUUCACAUUGGAAGCUCAGUACAUUCCUCCUAACUUCUCCACAGAGAUCUUCUUCUCUUUUCUAGUGGUCAUGAUGUUGAUAAGUAUUGGUGCUUUUGGCUUGCUAAACCAUAUCGCUAAGACUUUUACACUUUCUACUGAAGAUCUGGUGUCUGAGGCAGGGGCUGUUGUAACAGUCAGUGGAGGUCCAGAAGACCAGGCAGAAAGCAAAACAGGGAAAAACAGCCAAAUUGGUGCCACUGAAGAUCAGCCCAAGCAUCUGAUAGUAAAAAGGUAUUAUUCCUGUUAUGAGCUAGCCUUCAUCUACUGCAUGGUGGUGUGGGUAAAUUGUGCCACCAAUGGACUACUGCCAUCAGUACAGACGUUCUCCUGCAUGCCCUAUGGGAAUAUGGUCUAUCACCUUUCAGCUUCUCUGUCAUCACUUGCUAACCCACUGGCCUGCUUUAUCUCCAUGUUCGCUCCCAAACGCUCACUGUUAUUGCUGGGUAUUCUGUGCAUGCUGGGUACUGGUUGUGGUGGGUACAACAUGGCUAUGGCAGUUAUGAGUCCUUGUCCAUUGCUGCAAGACUCACCACUAGGAAAAUCUCUAAUUGUCUUGUCAUGGAUUCUUUUCACCGGUCUGCUGAGCUACGUAAAGGUGAUGGUGGGAGUCAUUCUAAGGGACCAGAGCCAUAUCGCCCUGGUGUGGUGUGGAGCUGCAGUACAGGCAGGAUCUCUAAUGGGAUCAUUCAUUAUGUUUCCCCUGGUCAGCAUUUAUCAUCUGUUUAAGUCAGGGGAUAUCUGCAACAACAAGUGCAUAUAAUUCUGAUGCUUUCCCGUGAGUUUGCAUACAAAUUUAAUGUACAAACAAAUGUACACACAAACACACACAUUCACACCUAGGGGCAAUUUAUUCCACCAACCUGUACACUUUUGUGAAGCAUUCUGAGAGUGGAGGAACCCUUUUUAAUUAUUAACCCUAUUUAAUAGAAGCCAAAUGUGUGAAAGCAUCUAUUUUACAGUUAAAACAUGUUAAACAUUUGACACAGUUUCUAAACGUAUAAAACAACAAAACACAUUUAGUGUUGCCAAACUAUUCCCCUGAUGGGAUUGGAAAUCAUUUGUACUGAUGUAUUUACAAUAAUGCACUACGUUAAAUGAGACAUUGUUGUUACAUUUACCAUUUUUAAAAUGUAAAUUUAAGGCCCCUGAUUGAGGCUUUGAAUCUGAAUGAGAUCGAAGUCUCAACAAAAGUAUAACUUUUAAAGUAACAGUAUAAUAUACAUGGUUGUCAAAGCAAUUUUAAGAUAAUAAACAUUAUUGUGCACAAUA